UCUGGACUUUAUAUCCGACCUAGAAAGGCGUGUUGAAGGUGUUUCGUCUUCACUACAAACAGGAAACCACAGCUCAGCCCCAAAGGAGCCACCAGCUGUGUAGCGGCUAAUGCUAAGAGGAUCCAGUGAAUCAGUUUCACGGCAAACAGAGUGAAAGUGAGCCGGAGAGAGAGGGCAGCGAUGGAGGAGGGCAGAUUAUGGAAAUCACAGUAAAUAGAUGCAACAGAAAACGGAGAGAUGGUGAGGGGGAGAAGGAUGGAUGGAGGGAGGGUAAAUAAAACGGACUCAGAGUCUGAAAGCAGCCACUGAUUAAACUCAGCAGACUGUGAGCAGCAGCUUCUCCUCCUCCUUCCCUCCUCUUUUUAACCAUCCUUCCUCGCUUCCUCCUCCUCAUGCCGGCGGAGGUCUCCGCCUGGCUGCCAUGGCGAAGAUCCGGGUGUCGUACGAGUACUCGGAGGCUGAGGACAAGAGCAUCCGGCUGGGUUUGUUCCUGAUCGCCUGCGGGAUCCUCAGCCUCUUCAUCCUGGGCUUCUGCUGGCUCAGCCCCACGCUGCAGACCCUGCAGAGCAAGCCGGCCAACUGCACGGUGGUGUCUGUGCUGCGUCCCGAGGAGAUGUUUGAAUGUGUUUUUACGUGCGGAGCGGACUGUAAGGGAACGUCGCUUUAUCCCUGCCUCCAGAUCUUUGUCAACAACUCCGAGUCCAACUCUGUGGCGCUGCUCCACUUUGACGAACAGCAGCUGGUCCUAAAUCCAAAGUGCUCCUACGUCCCCCCCUGUGAGAGGGACAACCAGAAGAACAGAGACAAUGUUCUGCUGUGGGAGGAUUACUUCACCAAAGAGGUCAGCAGCCAGUCCUUCACCUGCUUCUUCAACCAGCAGAGAAGGCCCGAUGACGUGUUGUGGCAGCGCUCCCAUGACACCAGCGUCCUGCUGCACUGCGUCCUCUGGCCAAUGGUGUCUCUCCUUCUGGGCACGCUCAUUGUGCUUCUGACGGUGUGCGCCCGCUCCCUGGCCGUCAGAGCAGAGGCGCUCCAGAAGAGGAAAUGUUCCUACGAGGUGUGCCAGGACUUGUCCAUCACGACCUCAGACCGCCGCGGCAACAAGCCCGGGGACCUCCUGGCCACGAACUCUGACCCCGAGCUGUCGUCGCCAUCGAGGACCCUUCCUCUGUUUGCGGUGCCGGUGAGGCGGCGUGAUCGGGAACAUUAAGACACGUUUCUCGACUGCAGGUCAUGAAAUGCAGAUUUGGCGACUGGACGCCGCAGAUAAGCAACAGCCACAAGGAAGGGUUGGUUUGAUGCCCGUCGGGUUGAAGAUGAGGGUAAAUCCAGCAACUUCAGCAGCUUUUCUCAUUUACCUUCAGCCUGAUCAGAAGGACCCUGAGCUGAAACACCUGAGCUUGUAGAAACAUUGGCUGAUCAUUUGCUAUUUCUGGCAGCUGAAUCCACUUUGACUGAGUUCAUGUUACAUUUUAAAAUCUCUAUUGAAUAUCCUGUCAAAACUUUUAUUUCUCAUCUUUACUUUACUUAGAAAACAUUGUUUGAUGAAAGCAGAUAUUCUAUAUUAAAUCUAUUUUUUGUUUUGGGGGGGGGAUUAAAGCAGGUGUGUUCAUUUAAAUGAAAGAAAAAAAAAACCUUUACAUAUUUGUUGAGCUUUCACUUUGCACUUUCAGUAAUCCCAGAGAGAGUUUAUUAUAAAAAUAGAUUGGUUAUUCUCAUUUUACAAUAGAUCUAGUAGAAUAUCCAAAUCAAAAAGGAGUGAAACCGCCAAUCACAACCAACCAAAGCAGAUCAUUCAUU